AUGGAGCAACCAGAGCCUAAAGCCGAGGCUGUUGCCAUGGACACGUCGGCUCCCGGAAAUCAAGGAAAUCCCGCUUCUCAACCAGCAAACCCUCCGUCCGGAUCGACGGCUGCCGCUGCAGCUGCUCCCGCAAAACCCGCCGCAGAAGCCGCCGCUACAGCCGGUGCCGCGGCUACAGCUGCUCCCGCAGCAGUCCAAGUAGUGCCGCCUAAGGGCUACGUGCCAUACGUUCUUAAAUACACGCUAAACGGGCACAAGAAGGCUAUUUCCAGCGUCAAGUUUUCGCCCGACGGAAAAUGGUUAGCCAGCUCGUCGGCCGACAAAACCGUCAGGAUUUGGCACGCAGCUGACGGCAAGCCGUCAGACCCGCCGCUCGUGGCGCACACGGAGGGAAUAAGCGAUAUCGCAUGGUCGUCCGAUUCGCGUUACAUCUGCUCCGCAUCGGACGAUCACACGCUGCGGAUAUGGGACGUUACAGGAGGGCAGGCGGCUUCUAGCGGGGAUGCUAAUAGCGGAGCCGCGCCGACCACGCGUCCGUGCGUGCAGAUCCUAAAGGGGCAUACUAACUACGUCUUUUGUUGUAACUUCAACCCGCAAUCCAACCUCAUAGUUUCCGGCGCGUUUGACGAGACGGUUCGGCUGUGGGACGUGAAAACGGGCAAGUGCGUGAAAGUUUUGCCUGCCCACUCGGACCCUGUAACGGCGGUUCAUUUCAACCGCGACGGGUCGCUGGUGGUGUCGAGCUCGUACGACGGGCUUUGUCGUAUCUGGGACACGCAGACAGGGCAUUGCCUGAAAACCCUAAUUGACGACGACAACCCUCCCGUGUCGUUCGUCAAAUUCUCGCCCAACGGAAAGUUCAUUCUCGCAGGCACACUCGAUAACACUCUGUCAUGUUUUCCAACUCUGCACAUAUUCCUCUCCGCCUCCAACCUCCCCACCUCUCCCCAUCCUUCCCCCGUCCUCCCCCUUCCUCCUUUCCUCCUUCCGCCCCUUUUUCCUUCUCCCUUCCGCUCUCCUUCUGCCAGCGUCUGUGGAACUACGCAACUGGCAAGUGUCUCAAGACCUACACUGGGCACGUGA